UUUACCUACUGUUCCCGUAUCGGAACAUACCCCAGUCGAAUAUGGAGCCAAGAAAAUGGACGAUUUCGCGGUCAUGGAAAUCGCCGGCCCAGAAUUGUUUGUUUACCAUUGAUCACAUUUGUUAUUGUUUUCCUAAAUGUGAUAAUAAAGAAAAUGGUAUCAACCCGAGGGCCCAAAUUCAAAUUUUCAGAUGGUGAGAAAGUUCUGUGUUACGAACCCGACCCAACGAAAGCCAAAGUACUUUACGACUCUAAGGUUCUAGAUGUGAUUGUCAACAAGGAUCAAAGAGGGAGAAAAGCUGUCGAAUAUUUGAUACACUUUCAGGGAUGGAAUUCUUCAUGGGAUCGUUGUGUUACGGAAGAAUACGUACUCAAGGAUACAGAAGAAAAUCGUCAGUUACAGAGGGACCUUGCUCAGAAAGCACAGUUGCAGCUUGGGGCGUAUUUAUAUAGGAGAGAACGCAAAAAGAGAAGUCACAAAUUCUCUGAGCGUUCAACAGAAUCAGGCACGGAAGCCAAACGCAGAGCUCGUAGCAGUGGUAGUCGGGCUACAUCUGCUACAACAGGCUCAUCAGAAGACGGUAGUUCUGGACAGCAUGAGGAUUAUGACACUGAGGACAUUGUUACAGAAGAAGAUACAGAAAGCAGUUCAGAUUAUGAAGAAGAAUCAUCAGGUGACGAAGAUAGUGGUGGUGGAAGUCAAUCAGGUGCAAGCAUGAGGCCCGGUGUAGAUCUCGAGAUAGGACAUGCUCUAAAGCGUGUUUUAGAACAAGAUUAUGACUUAAUUAAUAAUAAGAAUAAGCUUGCUGUUUUGCCAGCUCAACCAACAGUUAUAAGUAUUUUAGAAUCAUGGGUACAACAUUACACAACGACGCAUUUAGCGAACAUUCCCGACAAACCACAAAGAAAUAAUAAAGUACAAAAUAGUUUGGAGAAAACGAUCAGUGAUAUAAAUAUUUGUAGAGAAAUUGCAGAUGGUAUACGGAUAUAUUUUGACUUUACGUUAAGUGAUCUUCUUUUGUACAAACAUGAAAAAGAACAGUAUUCCACUAUGAAAUUUAUACCUGUAGUAACAAGCACGGAGGAAUCUGCUCCGGUUAAGGAUGAAAUGGUUGAAUCUGAAAUAGUUAUUAAGGAGGAAGUCGAAGAUCCAGAAUUUGCCCAUCUGCCACCAUUUCAGGAACAGGAACCUGAAUCAGAAAAAACUGCUACACCGGCUAUGACGAGCACAAGACGUAAAUUACGAUCGUGUCGUCUGAGUUCUGUAGAGGAGCCAAAGCCACCCAGACCUGUUGAAGAGAUAAAACAGGAAACUGGAAAUUUAUCGAGCAUGAACAGUAUGGCUAGUACAAGUUCGAGGUGCUCGAGUCCCCGUGGUGUCGCAUUAAGGAUGAAUAUGCCUGUCAUAAAUUCUGCAAAAAUAGCUCCUUUGCUUGAGGAAGCUAAUAAAUGGCGAUUGAUGCCUGAAAACACAUCAAAGGAAUCCAAUCCAGAACCAUCAAAGAUCUAUGGCGCUAUACAUUUGGUUCGUCUCUUUGUAAAAUUGCCGGAUCUAAUUCAGAUGACCGAUAUAUCUGAUAAAAAAUUGAAAACUUUAUUGAAAUACCUGGACAUGUUUUUAAGUUAUUUGGAAAUGCACAGAGAAUGGUUUGGCGAACAAUUUUAUACGCAAAGAACAAGUUCUUCUGAGGAACCGACGGCAAAUCCUUGAUACAGCUCUCGUAUAUGAAUAGUUAUUUUUAUAUGAUUUGUUACUGUGUGAUACAACAUCGAAUGAACUCUCAUAAAUGUAAUAUUUUGCGAAGUCACUUAGGCUUUUAUUGUGUAGAAACUUAAUGAAUUUCUGUGACAUAGAACUUAAUCAUUUUUAUAUAUUUGUAAAAGCAUUCAUUCUUUGAGAAAAAUUUUUACUUUAGAGGCAGGAAUUGUGACGUUAUUUUCAGUCUGCAGUCUAAUUUUAGAGCGUCACAUAAGUGUAAGAAUAUUUGUGAAAAAUACACAACCGUGUGCUAUGUACAAACCAGCGAUAAUCUAUCGCGGCAUGAAAAUUAUAUUAAAGAAACUGUGAAUGUAAAUAACACAAAA